AUGCUCUCCUGCAACAGCAGCAUUUCUGGCCACUCUACCUUCCUCCUCACCGGCUUUCCAGGCCUGGAAGCGGCUCAUCACUGGGUUUCCGUCCCCAUCAACCUCCUCUGUGUGGUUUCCGUCCUGGGUAACAGUCUCAUCCUCUUCCUGAUCCGCACAGACCCAGCCCUCCACGAACCCAUGCACAUCUUGCUGUCCAUGCUGGCGGCCUCUGACCUGGGCCUCUGUGCCGCCACCUUCCCCACCAUGGUGCGGCUCUUCUGGCUGAGUGCUCGUGAGCUGCCCUUUGGUCUCUGCGCAGCACAGAUGUUCUUCAUCCACGGCUUCACCUACGUGGAAUCUGGCGUCCUCCUGGCCAUGGCCUUUGAUCGCUUUGUUGCCAUCCGGGACCCUCUGCGCUAUGCCUCGAUUCUCACCCACUCUGCCAUGGCCAAAGUGGGGGCCGCCAUCCUGGGGAGGGCCGUGCUGCUCAAUCUCCCAGGACCCAUCCUCCUGCGGCGUCUGCGCUUUCCCCAGAUCAGUGUCCUCUCUCACUGCUACUGCCUGCACUGCGACCUUGUGGGACUGGCCUGCUCCGACACUCAGGUCAACAGCCUGGUUGGCCUGGUCUCCGUCCUCCUCUCGCUGGGCUUUGACUCCUCCCUCAUCAUGCUGUCCUACGGCCUGAUCCUGAGGACCGUGCUGAGCAUCGCAUCACCUGGGGAACGACUAAAGGCACUCAACACCUGUGCCUCACACCUCUGCAUCGUUCUCAUCUUUUACUUGCCCAAACUGGGGCUGUCUGUGUUGCACCGAGUGGAGAAGCACAGCUACCCGGCUCUGGCAGUGCUCAUGGCCAACCUGCACUUCUUGGUCCCGCCCUUCAUGAACCCCAUCGUCUACUGCAUCAAGUCUAAGCAGAUCCGUCAGGGCCUCCUGAGGCGCUUCCAGCAGAAGAGGGUUGAUGUUGCAUAG